AGUAUUUUUUGGAAAAAUAUACAGUCGACAAGAAGUAAAUAAUCAACCUGCGGGCACGCCAGGAGAGUCCUCUAGGAUCACCGAACACCACGCGCCUCAUGGAAGCCGGCGAGGAGGGCGACCAGGCUGCGGCAACUGCCCCCAUCUGUUCUCGUCCACGAGCAGCCUACGUAGAGCAGGAUGAUCCAGAUUUCCGGCCCGACCUAGAGCUGAGCCCGGACCGGGAGCUGCCCCUGGGACUGUGGGAAGGAGUUCCUACCCUGAGCAGCCGCAAGCGACAACUGAGCCGCUUUCACCCCUACCAUGGCUCCAAUAUUCAGCUGGGCGACGACGCCACCGUGGCCUAUCGCAGGGCUAGCUUCGCCGAUGCCUUGACCUUCUCCGAGCGACCGCUGGCCCCAGGCGACAUCUUCUUGGUGGAGAUCGAGAAGAUAGAGCGUGGCUGGUCGGGCCAUAUGCGCCUGGGACUUACCGAGCUCGCGCCCAAUGUGAUUCGAACCAGCAGCGAGGGAUUGCCCCAUUUUGCGCUGCCUGACCUGGCUAACUUGGGCAACAGUUGGAUCUACCCGAUCUCCAAGUUCGAGAUGAACCAGCGCCAGGAGGCGAACGACAUCAUCGAGCCGGAGACAGACGAUGAGCCACACAGAAACCUUUUGGGUGACGCCCCACAUGUGAGGACGCCUCGCGGCUUGCUACCAAAGAGACUUCUGCGGCCGGCGACGGGAAACGGCAACGACUCAGACAUUCUACUAACGGACAGGGGCUCUCGCAUCGGCAUCAUCUACGUGCCGACGGUACACAGCGCCUCGAAGGGCGAGCUGCACUUCAUUAUCAAUGGGGUCGAUCGCGGCCCUGUAUCGCGAGACAUUCCGCUCAACAGAGCUCCCUUGUUUGUGGUUAUCGAUGUAUAUGGAACCACGAAGCAGAUUAGGAUUAUUCAGCUGGAGGGCAUUCUGUCCCUGCAAAGCGCGUGCCGCAAUGUUAUCCUGGAAAAUUUCGCGGAGAACAAGAUAACCGACCUGCCGCUGCCGGAGAGCAUCAAAAGAUUCCUUCUGCGCCGUGACUAGAGCCUCCGGACCAUGAGCUCUAUGCAAUAGGGCCUAGUGUGUGUGAAUGAGAGAUGCGUGUGUGAGGAAGUGUGCAUGAGCCAGGGUCGUGAUAGUUUGUUUACUCAUACAUAUAUAUAUUUUAUACGCCUGCAGCGCUAGUAAAGUGCUAGUUCAUUGACCCCUGCUCCGGACCCUGAUGGAUCUGCGGGAUCUGCCGAUCCCUAUAAGAAGGCGCUUAUCAUUGUACUUUCUGUAGAUAUAUUUUGUACUUUAGUUCCAGUUACCAGUUCAAUACUCGCCUAACCUGGACGAUCCUAUGUUGUAAAACAUAACUCUCGCCAGCUUUUGGGUAUUGUGGUUUGGCCAGCACCUGCCUGGGUCUCCUGGCCACCCUGCCUUUUAGCGUUUUGGUACCCAAUACGUUUUCCGUUUCCACUACCACCUAAGAAUAUUGUUACUAAAUGUAAGUUAAGUCCAAGUAAUAAAGGAUCUAUAAAAACCGCUGUAA